AUGCAUUUACGGACACCGUAUUCCUCUUUGAGACUCCUUAUUAUACUCACAUCUAUAUUACUUCCUCUACCUGGUCUUUCAACAGCAAUAAAUGAAAGACAUGUCCCGGAUUCCAGCGAACCCCCUCUUGAAGAAGAAAUGAGCAUGACUGCAUUUGGUUGGAAAGUCAUUACUAUAACCACCCUGGUAUUAUUGGGUGGUGUAUUUGCCGGGCUGACAAUAGGUCUCAUGGGAAUGGAUGAAACGAAUCUGCAAGUACUAAUCGUUUCCGGAAAGGUCAGCGAACAGAAGCAUGCCGAGAAAGUACUGGCCCUUCUGCAACGAGGAAAACACUGGGUUCUUGUGACAUUACUGUUGUCGAAUGUCAUCGUCAAUGAGACCUUGCCUAUCAUCAUGGAUUCGGUCUUUGGUGGAGGAUGGCCCGCCGUGUUGAUGUCCACAGCGCUGAUUGUGCUGUUUGGAGAAAUCAUUCCGCAAGCUUUCUGUGUGCGAUAUGGACUGGUCAUUGGAGCAAAUUGUGCACGGUUCGUUCUGCUAUUGAUGUAUCUAUUGUAUCCGAUUGCUCGUCCAAUUGCGGAGUUGUUGGAUUAUUGCCUCGGUGAGCAUCGUGGGACAAUAUACCGAAAGCCAGAAUUGAAGACUUUCGUCUCUCUGCAUAAGCAUGAAGGCAUCGGGAGUCUCACCGAAGAUGAAGUGACAAUGAUUGGUUCCGUGUUGGAACUCAGCGAGAAACCUGUCUCUGUACUAGUUACCCCAUUGGAGAAUUUGUAUAUUUUGAGUGCUGACCAUAUUCUUGAUCAGAAAACAGUAGAUGAGAUACUUUCCGCUGGAUACUCUCGCAUACCUGUGUAUGAACCGCCUAAUCCUACAAACUUCAUUGGAAUGCUUCUUGUAAAGAAGUUGAUUAACUACGAUUUCCGACAAGCAUCUCCGGUUAGAGAUUUUCCUCUCUGUUCUUUACCGGAAACUGCGCCAACUACAAGUUGUCUUGAUAUUCUAAAAUUCUUCCAAGAAGGCAGAAGUCAUAUGGUUGUUGUUUCUGAGGAUCCGGGCGGUGAGGGUGGUGCUAUCGGUGUCGUUACUUUGGAAGAUAUUAUCGAGGAGUUGAUUGGAGAGCAAAUAAUUGAUGAAACAGACGUUUACGUUGAUGGUCGCAGCAAAAUCAAAGUUAUUCGACAACCACCGCACCAAAUGCGUUCUCGUUUGUACCCAUACGUACCCAGACAAAAUGUAAAUGCUCUUAGUCCAACUGAUAGUACUUUAGUGCAUAUUACGCCGACCAUAUCAAUAACCCAUCCAGACACUGCAAAUCAACGGCGUAAUUGUGUGCCUAACGUUUAUCUUGACUCACGAUCUCCACGUCAGUCCGCUUACUCUGGCUCACGAUCUCCACGUCAAUACGCUUACAAUGUACUGAACGCGUCGGCACGGAAUAAGAAAUCAAGGCCUAUGUUGCCCAAAAGCUUCACGUCAGAAGAGUAUACCAUUAAACCGGAUAGCUAUGGUACAACGGAUGACCACGCAUCCAAGUUGUCGUUUAACGGAAUGUAUGACACAAAAGGAAAUGGUCAAGGCGAUAAGGGGAGUAACUAUACCGUGAUGAAAGAAGCGAGUUUUGGUGUUACCGAGGGAAGUCCUCUUCUUGGAAAUAAGUAA